AUGAUGAUCGAACAGAACACUCUUAUUGCAGACCAAACCCUCCACCUACCAAGGAUCCUCUGCCUUCACGGUGGCGGAACGAAUGCCAGGAUCUUUCGUGCACAAUGUCGCAUCGUUAAAAGAUAUCUCUCAACCACAUUUCGUCUCGUCUUUGCGGAGGCUCCUUUCUCCUCCGAUGCUGGCCCAGACGUGACUUCGGUCUAUAAAGAGUUUGGCCCAUUCAAACGAUGGCUAAGAUCCAAAGAAUCACAUCCCAUGAUCCAUCCCGAUGAUGCCGUCAAGGCUAUUGACAGAAGCCUGAAGGCAGCUAUGGAUGAGGAUGAUCGUCUUGGAGGACGUGGUGAAUGGGUUGGCCUUCUCGGCUUCAGCCAGGGAGCAAAGAUUUGUGCAAGUCUGUUGUUCCGUCAGCAAGUCCGAGCAGAACGACUAGGCCUACAUCGUGCUGGCUCCAGCUGGCGCUUUGCGAUUAUUCUCGCUGGUCGAGGACCGUUGGUCUCUCUUGAUCAUCGCUUGUUGAUGACCCCUGCCCUUGUAGACGCGUCCGAAGCGUCUAUGACUGCUUUACCAGAUGAAUAUCUUCGUGGAAGCACGGAGCAUAUUUUAUAUCUUCCCACAAUCCACGUUCAUGGCACGCUGGAUGUCGGAUUGAAUGAACACCGCAAGCUGUUAACUCAAUACUGUGAAGAAGGUACUGCAAGACUGAUGGAAUGGGAAGGCAACCAUCGAGUCCCAAUAAAAACCAAAGAUGUCCUAGCAUUGGUGCGGAACAUUUGGGAUGUUUCUUAUGAAACGGGUGUAUUGACAAAGCAAUUCGAUCUGGAGACCAUAAUUCAAGCUAAAGCUCUUGGGUCCAGAACGGUUUUCAGACCUCAGUCUGGCAUAGCAUAG